AACAAAUUAGAAGCAUUAUUAUAUAAAGUGCGCUUUUGGAGAACCGCUCUUAUUUAUGCUCUAGUUUUAGUGAAGUGCACAGUUCAAGAUGAGACGAUUUCUUAUGUUGUUAUUGGUGGUGACUCCCAACUGCGGUGGAAACUUAAUAAUUGAGGAAAUUAGUAAUCCCGAUAAUUCCCUACAAGUCAAUGUUAGCGCCGGUUAUGGGGUUCGACCCGAAAACACCACCAUAGUCACCCCUUCCCCCCAGUAUAGGAAACCUCAAAAAGAAAAUGAGACAAUAAUAUCGCAAUCUAGUGAAAACAUCCCAGAAACCCUCCCAACCCCUUCGUACCAAGUCCAUGAGAAAACCCAAGAAGUCCAAGAGAAGAAUUUCCAAAUCGCCAAAAGCCACCGUUUCCAAAAACGCUACCGCCAGAAAAAACACGAAAUUGAGGACUCAAAACCAUCUGGAACGAAAAUUGUUGAGGUUUUGAGGGUCCCCGCCAUGUAUGAGUUGCAUUUGCAGUCCGACCCUCAAAGACUCGCCUCAUUGAACACCGCUUUCCUCACCAAAUUGAUGAAUCAAAACUACCAAUACAAAAAACCUCAAUUUUACCAAGCUGGCAAGAAUUAUCUCCCGCAACAAAGUGUCAAUUAUGUACAAACAUAUGGAGGAAGUCCAAUCCCUCCUCAAAGACUCCACAAUUUGAAAACAAAAUACAUGAGUCAGAAAUUGAAGAAUAACUUCCCUGGAUUUACUCAAAGCAAAACUGUGUUACAAACGGCACAAACUCAAAAUCUCGCGGGUUUUAAACAUUUGCACCCUCAAAACUACCCCACGAGUUACCAAAACAUUCAAACUGAAAGUCCAAAAAAAUCGACGACGACAACACCUCCUCUUUUGAGUAACGAAAUUCCGGCUGAUUUCUACCAAAAACCUCAAGCUUUGCAUGAAGUCCCAGCUCCGGUUUUGAACAAACAACCCCCGAAAUUACUCAAAGCGACUCCAGUUCCCAGUUUGGUGUAUGGGAAACCGGUGGAUCCCCCGUAUCAACCCCCCACUCAAGCCCCCCAUUCGUGGCAAGGACAAGUCGAUUCGGUCCCCAACUACUACCAAGAGCCCCAAAAGGGGUAUUUCCACCCCCACGAACCUCAAACACCUCAAACGGGGUAUUACCACCCCCAUAAUCAAGACUACUACAACCACCCCCACUACCAAGGCCCCCAGAACGUCCAACAUUACUACAACGCGGCCUUUGGUGAGCAUUUGGACCAGAAUUUGGUCAAUGUCAAUGGGGGAGUUGCCACAUACUUGAACCAUGAUGGUACCAUGACCGUGUCAAAUUUCCACCAUAACCCCAAAUUGUACCGUCCUCCUGCUGGCUACGAAAUCCCCCAGAACCAAGACGAAGGUCAGGAUUAUGGUUCCAUGUACCAGAACCAGAAUUUGGUUAAUUUCAAUAAUGAGUUUUCCGGUUAUAGUCCGGAAAUUCCGGUCAAUGAGAACCAAAUCGAGAAUCAAGAGCAAGAUUUGAAUAAUUUGCUCGUUGGUGCGGCCACAGCGAGUCUCGACGAAGCGCAAAAUCAGAAAUUUGGACGAGGUUUCAUGUCGAAGAGGUGGGGAAAACCGAUGGGGAAAAACCGGAGAAUGGCCCAGCCCAUGGACUACAUUCUCUAUAUAAAAGAGAGAAUACUUGACUAGAUUCAAGCACCGUUUGUACAUAAUUAAUUUAAUAAAUUAUUUAUUCCAAUAAAGCAAUUAUUGUAACAAUCAGACUGUA